AUGAUCUUCUAUUCAUUCGACUACCCAAAGAAACUAGAUAAGAAAAUCUUAUUAACGCCGGAUACCAACAAGGACGAAUAUCGUGAAGAAGCUUCGUAUUUGAACAGUGGCUAUCCAUCUGAACAUGAAACAUACGUUCGUAAAGAAGCAUAUGCAGCUGGUUCGAAAACAUUUUACAUUGGAUGCAAUACUGAUGAUUUUAUGACAUUUUGUUUGAAAAUUCAACGUUCGAUUGGUAAAAUCACUCUUUCUCAUGCUGGACCAAAUUCACUGUACAACAAUUCGACAAUUUGUUUUACUUUUGGUAAGACUGAACUUGACUUAGUUGCAUUAGAAUUCAUUCGACUGAGUGCUGGUAAAUGUGCAGUACCAAUUCGGAAUGUGAUGAUUUGUUUUGAGGAACAGUCUGAUCUUCAUCCAAAAGUUGACACAGAUAUUAGAAAAUGUUCAAACAUAGAUGACGAUCGAUCUUGUAAUAAACCUGCUAGACUGCAACAGAAGCAAAGUGAACCCUCGUCACCGUCUUCCUCCAGUGUUAAAGCUCAGCAUGGAGUUGGAUUUUCUAAUCAAGUACAAAGUUCAUCAAGGAAUAGUAAUUCUACAUCUUUAAUUCCAUGUCGGGAAAAUGUCAAUUGUCUUCUUCAAUUAUCAAAUGAAAAAGAUCACAACUCGAAAUUUUCUCACCCAUGUCGAUUUUCGGAGCUCUGUCGAAAUCGAGAGGCAAACUUAACACAUGAACCACAUCAAGCACCGACAUGUGUUAUGGAUAAGGACUGUUCACGUCUUAUUGAUCCACAUCAUCGAGCUCAGUAUCGUCAUACAGGUUUACCUGAUUAUCUUUUACCUUGUCGUCACCAACGGAAAUGUGAUGAUACAUCGGAGAAACAUCGAAUAAAAUAUUCACAUGGAGAACAAGUUUAUGAACUCUCCAGCUUAGGAGCUGGACGAGCAGAUUCUACUGAUAUAAUUCCUUGCAAAUGGGGUUCAAAAUGUCGAGACAUGGAUAAUCAGCAACACAGUAGAAAAUAUUCUCAUCCCAAGCCUGUAUCAUCAUCAUCAUCAAACAGCUCGAGUGUUGCCACAAGAAAAUUUCACUAA